GCCGCGUUCUGUCCAAGCUUAGCCAAUCCACAGAGAGAGCAUGUCGCAGGUGUCCGCGUCUUUUGAAGUAUGAAGUUUCGUGGACGAAUAGUAGACAUCGUGUGCAUUCAGCAGCUAUCUAAAAUCGUGCACACAGUUUCUAAACUAGCUAAGGAUGUCACCUUGCGCAUCACUACGGAUUGUGUCUACUUCAUUCUAAAUGAAGACGCUGUAAGCGGCGGCGGGUGGCUUUGGGCUGACAUACCGCAGGAAACCCUGUUUCAAGAGUACAACAUGCAAGGUGUCUCAGAGGAAUUUAACGAGAUAUAUCUCGAUGUUGUCGCUGACCACAUUGUGAAAGCACUGAAGUCAGCAGCAGCUGCGAAGUCGCUAAAGGUUAAGCUGACUAAAAGGCAAACUCCUUGCUUAAGUUUCGAAAUAGAAUUGCCAUCACUAGUCUCAACAUCUCGAACUGUUGUUCACGACGUGCCAGUGUCCGUGAUACCACGAAGGCUGUGGAGUAACUUUGCUCAACCAGAUGUGGAAGAAGGCGAUAUAGUUACCCACAUGCCAUCAUUAAAGGUGAUGAAAAACGUUGUGGACAAAAUGAAGAACCUGAGUUCAUAUGCGACCAUAACAAUCUCCAGCGAUCAUGGAAUGACUGUAUCUGUUCAAACAGACAUGGUCACUGUGACUACACAUUUCAAAGGACUGCAGUUCCCUCUUUCUCGUGAUGGCACCGUUUCUCACGAUGGUGUUUACGAAGCUCGCAUUGAUUUGCGAAAAUUGGUGCCAGUGCUUUUGGCACAGCAGCUGAAUCCAAGACAGGUUACAUGCAGUGUACCAUGACUCUCAGCAGAAACCAGACUGUGCUUGUACACAACGCUCAUGCCAGCAGCAGAAACCAGAAUACUGCCCUCACUUUGCUAGUAAUGCUGUGAUGGGGCCUAUUUGGUGGAACAUAAUGGCUAGAUGUUCUACUUUGUAGUGUAAAAAAGGACAGAUAAUAAAGUUCAAUCUGUGUGUUGGGCAUUGCUUUCCUUAAA